AACACAUGACGGAAGUCUUUUUUAUUUUUAAUCUUCAUCUAAAAGCUCAGAUUGCGGACGAGGAACAAGUUGCUUUUGUUUCAUAACAGAAGAACUAAAAUGCGUCUGAUCCACAACAUGACGACCAUCACGGAGUCUCCGGUACCGAACCGCGUCAUUAAAAUCGCCGUGAUCGGAGGUAGCGGCGUAGGAAAAACAGCGUUGGUGGUCCGAUUCCUCACCAGGCGCUUCAUCGGAGACUACGAGAGGAACGCAGGUAGUCUGUACUCCAGAGAAGUCCAGGUGGACGGACAGCAAGUGACCAUCCAGGUCCAGGACACCGCUGGUGCAGAGCUGACUGAUAAUGCUGUCAGUCUGUCCGACCAUGUGACCAGCUCCAUCCGGUGGGCCGACGCCGUGGUGAUGGUUUACUCUGUGACAGACAGCCACAGCUUUGACCUCAUCCAUCAGCUGCAUCAGUCGGUUGUCUGUGCCAGCAGCUCCAAAGCGCCCCCUGUGGUCCUGCUGGGUAACAAAGUGGACCUGCUGCACCUGAGGCGCGUCGACUCCCAGCAGGGCUCCUCGCUGGCCGGCGAGCUGGACUGCUCCUUCUACGAGGUGUCGGCCAGUGAGGACUACAGCCAGGUGCACGGGGCUUUCCACAGGCUGUGCUGCCAGCUAGCCAAGCAGCUGCCUCCCGCCACAGUUACCGCUCCUCACAACUCCACCGGUGCCGCCAUGGAGAAGAGGCGCUCGCUGCUCAUCCCUCGACCCAAGUCUCCCAAUAUGCAAGAUCUGAAGAGACGCCUCAAGCAAGCACUGUCAGCUAAAGUCAGGACGGCCUCCUCUGUGUGAAGAGAAGAACACGGUCAGGAGCGGCGAGUCUCCACUGACAUCCUUUAACAGAGCUCAGGAGAAUAACGGCGACUGGGACGAGGCGGUGGGCAGAAGUUUUUAAAUGACCUGUCUGAGGGCACAGAGCCAAAUGCUGGCAGAUCCCCUGAGAGGAGCCACGAGGUCGACGUGUUGAGGAGCAGAAGAGACGUUUGAGGAUUCUGGAAUCUCAGACGCUCAACAUGAACUCCUAAAUCAGCCU